UUCCCAGGCUACCCCUGGGCACGAGCAGGGCAGACUGAGGAAGAAGCCCAUAAGGAAGGCGGCGAGUAGGAGCCGUUAACCGAAUUCGCCCCCCUUUUGUAAAGUGCCCGGAGCACAAUGUACACACUGCUUUCCGGGCUUUACAAGUAUAUGUUCCGGCGAGAUGAAUACUGCAUCUUAAUCCUGGGAUUGGACAAUGCUGGAAAAACGACCUUUCUUGAACAGACGAAAACGAGAUUCAACAAGACCUACAAAGGGAUGAGUUUAUCUAAAAUCACAACCACUGUCGGUUUGAACAUUGGCACCAUAGACGUCGGGAAAGCUCGGCUGAUGUUUUGGGACCUAGGGGGACAGGAAGAGCUUCAAUCUCUUUGGGACAAGUAUUACGCAGAGUCCCAUGGUAUCAUUUAUAUAAUCGACUCCACCGAUGAGGAGAGGCUGUCGGAAUCCAAGCGAGCUUUUGAAAAGAUGAUAACCAAUGAAGUUCUGGAAGGCGUUCCUUUGCUGGUUCUCGCUAACAAACAAGAUAUAGAGGACUGCGUGUCGAUUCCCGACAUCAAGACGGCCUUCAGUGACUGCAUCAACAAAAUUGGGAAGAGGGACUGCUUGACCCAAGGGUGUUCUGCCCUCACUGGAAAAGGCAUCAACGAAGGGAUCGAGUGGAUGCUAAAGUGCGUGUUGAGGAACAUUCAUCGUCCCCCGAGGCAGAAGGACAUCACCUAGGAGAACCAGCCAGCGGUCGCCGUGCCGGACACUUUUGCCCUUCCCAGAGACUCUUUGCCUCAUUCUCUUCCCCUUUGUUUCUCCUCCCCUCUCUCUGUCCCUCAAGGACGCUCCUGGGACCCCCGAAUCAAAGACACGUUUGUCCUCGCCUUGGGGUCUUGCAAGAGCCCUCAUCCAUCGGGAAGAACUGGAACAGGACCUCCUUUCCUUCGUGCUCUUUCCCGCCUCCUGAGCAUGGUGUGGGAUGGGGCGAUUGAUGUUCCACAUAAUGCACAGGGGCGCAUCUCUCCUUUUUUUUUUUUUUUUGCAAAACUAUCAACCUGUUGGGUGGGUGGGGGGAUUGAAGACUUCUGGGUCUACUUGAUCAAACGGAGCCACGGAAUACGGGAGAUCCCGUUUCCCAGCGAUCUUCCGGGUUGUUCCAUAAUCUGAUUUUGCACUUGGGUGGAAAAGGACAAUCGGCAGUGGGGGAACGGACUCUUAUAGCAAAUGUACAGAAAUGUACAGCUCACAAAUGCUGCAGUUGGAGAGAAAGAGAGAGAGAGAAAGAGGGAUCACUGCCGGAACACUCUAUCCAGUUUUGUCCCCUCGGUUCCUAGAUUUGUGCACAGGAUUAAAACUGAUUUCUUGUCUUU